UGCACCGAGGUACCGGCUUGCUGUGUAUGCCUAUUCCCAAUGCUACCUGAAGAGGAUAAAAGUGAACCAUUACCCACUGUAGCCAAGUGCAAGAACAAGGAAACUGAUCCCCCACAUUCCAAAGUUUUUAAUACCCCGGUGAACAAUAGGAGACUACCACGAAGGAAUUGCAUGGCAAUGUCUACACCCAAACGUGUCCGCGUCUCCGUAGAACUGUCUGUACGACGUCUCUCCACGUCCAAGUCUCCUGUCCGUGGUUGUUACAAAUUAGCCUUAACUCCCAGUAGCAGCUGGGAAGUUUCCGAUUUGUCUGUAGACCCGGAGCCUAUUCCGGAUGAGCCGACUGUAUCCUCGACUACACUGUGUUCUUCAAGCAGGAUCCAUCCAGCUCUCAGCCAUCUUCCUGAUUGGUUGAAGGUAUCUCUUUCCGAUAAGCCAGACAAACAGCAGAUGGCAGCUUACGAAGCUUGGACACACAAUAGCAUACACGGUCUCUGUUGUCCCAAGGCUUGGAUGCAUCGAUCAUGCAUCGCCGGAUAUGCCGCCUCAGCCGCACUGCACUAUUUGAAAUGUCCCUAUUGUGCUGAGAAAGAUGUGUUCAUUCGAUCCAUAAUUGAUGCGGGCAUUUGGGUACCUGAUCGGGAUGCGGCUUGGGAAUUGGAGCCGGGCGCGUAUGCGGACCUGGCUCCAGCAGAUAACUCGAUUGCUAGUGGCAGUUCUGAGAGUAACAGUUCUUCGAGUCCACCCUCAACGAGUAAUCCAACUCCUCUGCAGGACAGUGUGCAGCAGACCUCAACUCUACGGCGUUCUGAACGACGCUCCGUCCGACCGCGCAAGAUGAGUCCUUCGCCGGACGAGCGACGUAGUCCGUCAGUUGUUCAACGACAGAAAUCAGUUUUGUCCCUCGUUUGGAACAGUCGGCAGUUUGGUAUGCGUGGCCGAGGCGGCGUAAUUAAGUCACGACGUCCUACCCAGCCAGCCAUUCAGAAGACUCCACCCGACUCCUUCGCGAGGCGAGGAAACCCACGCAAAUUAUCACUCUUCCCCAGAAACAUGAAUGUCGAUUCGCCUUUUGGUAGUCAACUCUCCGAAACCCACCGCCUUCGACAAGCGACACUAGGCUCGUUCCUUGCUAACAUGCGUGUUUCUUCACCAACUUAAUUUAGCUUUUUGCACAACCAGAUAGGCUCCAGAUGUUUCGGAGCUUGACACUUCUGCAGUGUUCCCGAUCAAUAUGUACAUACCGUUGUGCCCUAUCCCAUCCCAGUCUUCCAGUAUAAACACAUCUGCCGCAACACAGACUAAGCGGGUUGCUGAGAUGCAAUAUUGAUCCCGGUCAGAUUUUAGCGUUCUUUUUCCACUAGGUUGUCGUUUACACGUACAUUUGUAUAUCUGUAUGACGUUUUCUACUGCUUCUCGUAUUGAUUUUCGUCGAGCAUAGAGAACAAGAGACAUUAGCUAACCAUGGAACCUUGUUACUCCACAAAUGUCUUCUUGGACAGAUUGGUCACGCGUAAGAUGUUAACAUAGAUGCA